AUGUAUUUAGGCCAGAGUUGGGACAAGCCGGAGUUCCACGUUUAUACCGCGGGUCGCUGGCUGUUCAACGAGACUCAACAGCUAGCUGAAAGGCGCGUGAACUUCAAUUUUGAUGAACUCGUGAAAGUUGCCAUGCAGAGCCUGGAUUCCGGCCCCCAUGUCUGCACGAAAGUGGAAAAGCUCCCCGAGGGAAACUACAGCAAAGCAUUCCUUCUCACCACGGAGAGCGGACAUCAACUCGUCGCCAAGGUUACAAAUCCGAAUGCUGGCCCCCGCUUUUACACAACUGCGAGUGAAGUCGCCACCAUGGAAUUUGCAAGUACCAUCGCAGGGAUCCCAGUGCCCAAGGUUCAUGCCUGGAAUAAUAGCGCAGAGGAUAAUGCUGUCGGUGCUGAGUAUAUCAUCAUGGAGAAGGCAAAUGGUGUCUUAUUAAGCACACAGUGGGCAACAAUGAGCACCGACCAGAAGCGGGAGUUGAUCCAAAGUAUCAUUGACUUUGAACGCUCCCUUAUUGCUCAUAGUUUUGACCGGAUUGGUAGCAUUUACUAUGAAAAUGAUCUAGCAGACUCCAAAGAUGGAUGUUUGUCAACUGCAUUCCCUAGGUUUGCGAUCGGGCCGACAACGGAUCGCAGGUUCCUGGAAGAUGGACGAAGUGCGAUCGAGUCUUACAAAGGACCAUGGAAUACAAUGAUUGACUAUGUCCAUUUGAUGGCGAGUCGCGAAGAAGAGUGUAUCAAACACCUUAGCCGAUUCCCCAGACCAGAGGGGAUUUUUGGCGCGCCCGGGUCAUAUCAGCCUACGGCUCAAGCAAAACUCGAUGUUAUCUCUGAUUUCCGCAAAAUUGCAUCCUUUAUAGUUCCGAAGGACGCGACCGUGACAAAGCCUGUUCUCUGGCAUACCGACCUCCAUGCGGAUAAUAUCUUUGUGGAUCCAAAUAAUCCUUCCAAGAUUCUUGCUGUCAUUGACUGGCAAAGCGUACAUGUCGCUCCAUUGUGCCAACAAGUGAUUACACCCGCAUUCCUGGAUUUCAAUGGGCCAAAGCCAGAUGAAGGUCUUUGUCUUCCUUCUCUUCCAGACAAUUUCCAGACAUUGAGCGCUGAAGAGAAAGCCAAAGCCAAAGGCUUACGAACUCAACAAUUAUUAUACAAACUUUAUGAAAUUCAAUCUGGACGACAGAAUAAGGAUGUUUUCAGAGCGCUUCAGUAUUCCAACGUACUUGGAUCCCAGAUUAUUUCACUCAUAUCCCAGGUUUUGAACGACGGUGAAACAAUUAUCAAGGGCCAAUUGAUUCAACUUGUUGAACAGUGGAGCACAACAGUUGGCGCAGAUGGAACACCGUGCCCGAUCACCUUUACUGAUGAUGAUAUCGUGCAACAAAAGGUAGAUCAACAGAAGUGGGAAGAAGGUGUGCAGCUCAUGGAAGAUGUUCUAGAGGCCCUAGGCGGUGCAGAGAAUGGUUGGCAAGGCUGGGUAAGCCAUGAGGAGUAUGCGCAGGCGAAGGUCAAAUUGGAGAUGGUGAAGGAACAGUUCUUGGAUCAUAUGGCCCAUAAUCCAGCGGAGAGAGAAGCAUGGUGCCGGGCAUGGCCGUUUCAAGAUCAAGAUACUCGAACACACUGA